AUGCACUCUAUCAACCUCCUCGCUGGAGCCAUCCUCAUCGGCUCCUCUCUGGCAUUCCCCGGAAACUGGCCAGACCAUCACAAGCCUCAUCCCACUGGCGGACUCACCACUACUUCUUUCCCUCCUCCCCCGUUGUCUACUGGGAACGUUCCACCUCCGCCGCCUCCUCCCCCAGCAACUACCCUAACAUCCACUUAUACUUCCAUCUCUACUGCCACUGGCACUGGCCGUGAAGUCACCUAUACCAACACUAUUACCAAAACAAUCUUCAUCCCAACCUCGACGUCGGUCGGUACCCAUGGUGCUUCCACUGUGUACUCGACGUGGUUGACUUCUACAACCGCCGUUUCUGCUUCAACCUGGACUACCAUUAUUCCAGUGACAACUGUUCCUAUUCCAGUGACAACUGUGCCGGUUAUUGUCCACACCUCGGCCUGUCCACUUCCAGUUACUGAAACAGAGACCGUCACUGUGACUGUGACUGCUACUGUGGGACUAACAUCUGCUGGAGGUGGUGGUAACGGUGGUUCGGGAGGCGAGACUACUAUCACCAAGACGAGUACUGUAGGACAUGUUUUCACUAGUACCGGUUCUAUAGGCGAGUCCACUACAACCAUCCUCGUACCUCCCCCUCCCCCUCCACCAGCAACGUCAACUAUUACGGGAACUGCUACCAAGACGGCUACCGAGACCGACGUCACCACAGCAACCUGUACAGAAUCCGUUACCACAUGGACUUCUACCUCAACUGGAACAGGAACCGGGCCAGCUGGGACAGGCGCUCCUGGAUGGGGGUCCAAGAAGUGGUCUCUUGAGAGAAAGCCUCUGGCGUUUGCUCGCCGAGCCUAA